UUGUAAGUAUAUAUGUUCGUUUCCUCUGAUCCUUGGCAUUUAAGCCAGCCGGCCAACAAAUUAAAAUGGAUGAAGACAGCAGGCAGAGAUUCGCCGGGUGGUUCUUUGGCAGUUUACUAAGGCACAUGAGAAGUUUAUUAUUCCGAAUCCUAUCCGUGGGCGUGAUCCCCAAACACAUUGCCUUCAUCCUAGACGGAAACCGAAGGUAUUCAAGGAAGAUGAAAAUCCCAGAAGCCGUGGGAUACAGAGCUGCAUUUCUAGCACUCAUAUGCAUACUCAGCUACUGCUACGAAUUGGGGGUGAAAUACGUGACCAUAUACGCCUUCAGCAUCGACAAUUUCAAACGAAGGCCCGACGAAAUCAAGGUGUUGAUGGAUUUAAUGCUGAGCAAACUCGAAGCAUUGCUCAAGUACCAGAACGCUUUAGACGAGUAUGGUGUGAGGGUUCAUUUCGUCGGGAACUUACACUUACUAGACAACCGAAUCAAAGCAGCUGCGGAGAAGGCCAUGGAGGCGACCAAGAAGAAUUCCAACUUCACUCUCUUGGUCUGCCUGGCUUACACUUCUACGGACGAGAUAGUUCAUGCUACUGAGGCGUGUUGUGAAGAGAAAAAUGAGUUGAGGGCGGGCGGGGAGGAGGAGAGGGAUAUUACCGUAGGGGAUUUGGAGAGGCAUAUGUAUAUGGGGUUGGCGCCGGAGGUGGAUAUUUUAGUCCGGACGUCCGGGGAAACGAGGCUCAGUAAUUUUCUGCUGUGGCAGACUAGUAGCUGCCUGUUGUAUUCUCCGGGAGCAUUGUUCCCGGAGAUUGGGCUAAGGCAUUUGGUGUGGGCAGUCUUGAAUUUCCAAAGGGCUCACCCUUAUUUGCAAAAGAGAAGGAUGGUGUCUUGA